CGGAUAAAAGAACUUUAGUCCAGGCCCGGCCGAAUCACAUGCCUGCUCACCCUUUCUUUUCUUUUCCUCUUCAGCCGACUCCCCCAAUUUCUAAUGCCUAACAGCUAAUUUCUAAAUCCCUAACAAAAUAACUUUUCCUUCUCCACUCCAACACCCACCGGCCACCACCAUCAUCGGUCACCAGUCAGGCAGUCACUAUCAAUUCACCACACACCCGCUGGAGACUUUAUAAUUUUAAUACGGAUCGAGCGAGCAAACUUGCCAUUUCUUUCUGAAACUUUUCAAGUUUUAAGACGUCUCACUUUCAGCUCACGUUUCAGGGCAGCUAGAGCUUUCCGAAACCCUCAAUCACAAAUCACAAUAUGGCUCGAAACGAAGAGAAAGCCCAGUCGAUGCUCAAUCGAUUCAUAGCCCUAAAAGCCGAGGAAAAAAAGAAGCCCAAAGAACGCCGCCCUUUCCUCGCCUCUGAGUGCCGUGACCUUGCUGAGGCCGACAAAUGGCGUCAACAAAUCAUGCGAGAGAUCGGCCGCAAGGUCGCUGAGAUUCAGAAUGAAGGCCUCGGGGAACAUCGACUCCGCGACCUUAAUGACGAGAUCAAUAAGCUUAUACGAGAGAAGUCGCACUGGGAACGACGCAUCAUUGAACUCGGUGGCCCGAAUUACGCCAAACACGCCCCUAAAAUGACGGAUUUAGAAGGGAACAUAGUGGAUGUUCCAAACCCCAGCGGCCGUGGCCCUGGGUAUCGGUAUUUUGGAGCCGCGAAGAAGUUGCCGGGAGUUAGGGAGUUGUUUGAGAAGCCGCCAGAGUUGCGAAAGAGGAGAACUAGAUAUGAUAUUUAUAAGAGGAUUGAUGCAAGUUAUUAUGGGUAUAGGGAUGAAGAGGAUGGAGUUUUAGCUAGAGUGGAGGGGCUAGCGGAGGCAAAGAUGAGGGCUGAAGCUGAGGAGGAGUGGCGGAGAGUGGAGGAGAUUAGAAGAGAGGCAAGGAGAGGGGCGAAGGAGGUGGUUAGCGUGGGAGCUGCUGCGAGAGAGGUUUUGUUUGAGGAAGAGGAGGAUGUGGUGGAGGAGGAGAGGAGGGAGAGGGAGGAGAAAGAGAGGAAGGAUAAGGAGAGGGAAUUUGUCGUGCACGUGCCGUUGCCUGAUGAGAAGGAGAUUGAGAGGAUGGUUGUGGAAAGGAAGAAGAUGGAGCUUUUAAGUAAGUAUGCGAGUGAAGGGUUGUUGGAGGAGCAGAGUGAAGCCAAGGACAUGCUUAAUAUCCAUCGGUAGAAUAGAUGCUGGUAAUGUUGUAUCUUUAAUUUAGACUUCGUGGAUAUCGAAUUAUAUGACCUUUCUGUUUUGGUUAGAUUGCUUUUAGAUUUUAUGUGAAAAUUGAGUUUCAAGAA